UCAGCUGGCGGUCAUGGUGGUGGCAGCGGCGGUGGUGGUGGUGGCGACGGCCGUACCCGCCUGAUAGCCGUUAUCUCCGCUGGUGCUGGCCGUCACAGUGUUCGCAGCCACGGCCGUCAGUAGCCAGGAAGCGUGAGGCCCAGACGCACACGUCCCUGCCGCCCCGAGGCCUUCACUGCUCCGACGCCCAGGACGCCAGGCCGUGUGUUGCUCUCUGCGGGUGUUGUGUGCGACGCGUGGCGGCGGACUGUGAGUGACGCCUGACGCAGACGGUGCAGCAGGGCGGCGUGUAGUGCGUGCGUGUAAGUGUGUGUCGCGGCGGGCAUGGGGCGGGGGUGAGUGCAGCGCACACCAGAGACUCUGCCAGCGGCACCCCAGCGAUGACCUGCAUCUGUGAGUCCACGUGGCGCGCGCUGUGUGUCCUGAAGGCGGCCCUCACCAGCCCAUGCACCUCGGCGGGGGACAGCGAGCCCUUCGCGAACUCCUCCAACAACUCCAAUAUCUCCAACCACUCAUCGAACUACAACCUCGAGGACCAUGUCAUCGAGCGGGACCUCGGCAUCACUAACCAGGGCUUCCAGGGCGACGCCUUCGGCGGCGGGCGGCUCGAAUUCACCUUCCUUGACCCGGUCACCAAGGAGCCGCACCGCGACACCGGCACCUGGACCAACCAGAGCGCCUUCACCGAGGUGGACCUCGGCGAUGGCCCGGCCACGGACCGUGUCGACGGCGGCGGCGGCGUGCCCGUCGAGGGCGGCCGCACGGAUUCCGGCAGCACGACGCUGGAGUCCGGCUACGGCCGCUCCCUGGACGACAGCAACAGCUCCUCCACACCCGAGCCCUCCGUGGCGGUGGCCUACCACGGCGCGCCCAGCCCCGGCGUGUUCAAGGUGGUGGUGGAGGACGCGAAGAGGUGUUGGUUCGUGCUCCGUCGCUACACCGAGUUCCUCUCCCUCUACCGCGUGAUCCUGACCAAGGUGAGUCCCAACAACAAUAUUCACCUGCCUGACGAGAACACGGCAGACUGCUAUAACCUCAACCACUUCAUCCAGGACGUUAUGGGCGACACCCGAACCGUCAAUAUCCCAGAGGUGCGAGAGUUCCUGCAGAUAGAUCGCUUCAGGAGUUCCACCAGCAGUAGCGGCUCGGGUUCCAGCGGCGCCAACUCCACGCCCUCCGUCGGCUACAACCCCCAGUUCCUCAUGCCACCUGGAGCCCCCGUCCCGCCCAGGAAGCCGCUACAGGGGCAGGAAGGGGGUCAGGGCCGCUCAGAGGAGGGUGAAAGCGGGCACCCCUCCUUAUUGGACACCCAGCAAAGCAUCGACUUGGGCUGCGAGAAGAAGAGCCUCUCCCCGUCUGACUUCGAGUUCCUGACGGUGGUGGGGAAGGGCAGCUUUGGCAAGGUGAUGCUGGCGCGCUACCUGGAUGAUGACAGGGUGUACGCCGUCAAGGUGCUGAACAAAAGGCUGAUCGUGCGGCGUAACGAGACUGCCCACGUGCUGAGCGAGCGGUCGGUGCUGCUGAAGAUGAUGAACCACCCCUACCUCGUCCAGCUGCACUUCGCCUUCACCACCAAGCAAAAGAUAUUCUUCGUGCUGGACUACGUGAACGGCGGGGAGCUGUUCUUCCACCUCCAGAAAGAGCGAGUCUUCCCAGAGGGGCGCGCAAGGUUCUAUGCGGCCGAAAUCUGCUGCGCCCUUACCUACAUGCAUAGCCAGGGCAUCGUGUACAGGGAUCUUAAGCCGGAGAACAUCCUGCUAGACGCCGAGGGCCACGUGGUGUUGACGGACUUCGGGUUGUGCAAAGAAGGACUCCUGAAUCCCACGGCCAAAACCAACACCUUCUGCGGCACCCCGGAGUACCUGGCGCCGGAGAUCCUCAAGAAGCAGCCGUACUCCCGCGCCGUGGACUGGUGGACGCUAGGAGCCGUCCUGUUCGAGAUGCUGUACGGCCUCCCGCCCUUCUACUCCCGCGAGACCCCCGUGAUGUACGAUGCCAUCCUCAACAAGCCGCUCAAGCUGAAGCCCUCCGCCACGCAGAAGGCUCGCACGCUGCUGCAGGGGCUACUGCAGAAGGACCCCCGUGACCGCCUCGGCAGCAGCGCGCGGGACGGCGAGGAGGUGAAGGAGCAGGAGUUCUUCAGGACGAUAGACUGGGACCUGAUUGCCAAGCGCGCCGUGGCUCCCCCCUUCAAGCCCAGGGUGAGCGGCCCCGAGGACACCCGAAAUGUUGAUCCCCAGUUCACGAAGGAGGCUGUUUUGGGACACUCGCCAGUCUCCCCGAACAACAUGCUCUCCGCGUCAGUGCAGGCCGUAGACCACGUUUUCCAAGGCUUCAGCUACGCGCCGCCGCUGGAGAUCGAAGCCCAGUAAAGCCUGAAGUGUGAGGGACGUUGGGGGGGUGGUUGUUACUUCAGUGUGUUAGUGCCUGGAGACUAAUAACAGUGACUGGACUCCACGUAACAGUGUCGUAAGAAGUGGUUGGUUUCUCCUUGUCGCCCAGUAACAGUGUCAAUGUGGACGAUAGAUAACGGAGAGUAGAUAACACUUUAAAGGAGAAAACAAAUAGCUUAUGCGUGACGAGGACUCUUGCAAAUGAAAACAGGACAAAAUGAGACAAAGAGAAGGAGUAAGAGAAGGAGUAAGAGAAGUAACCAUCAUCAAGACAGCUAAUGGAUGGAGGAAGAAUCUGUGACUUCCAAUAACCAUAAAUGAGAAAACAAAUAACCAAUGGGAGACGAGAAAUCCUGCAACAGAAAACGGGACAAAAUGACGAAGAGAAAUAGUGAAAAGCUAACCGAUGAGAGACGAGAAAUCCUGCAACAGAAAACGGGACAAAAUAACGAAAAGAAAUGGAGAAAAGCUAACCGAUGAAAGACGAGAAAUCCUGCAACAGAAAACGGGACAAAAUAACGAAAAGAAAUGGAGAAAAGCUAUCCGAUGAGAGACGAGAAAUCCUGCAAAAGAAAACUGGACAAAAUGCGAGAAAUCCUGCAAAAGAAAACUGGACAAAACAACGAAUAGAAAUGCUGAACAGGAUCAAGAGGAGGAGGACCCAACAUCACGAAGGCCAAGGGGAAGGAGGAGAGACCUGUGACCUCCAA